AUGGGUAGAAGGAACUCCACCAAUGUUCCUGGCUUCAUCCUCAUGGGGCUGACAGACUCUGCAGAGAUACAGCUGGUCCUUUCCUUGCUCUUUCUCCUGCUUUACCUAAUCACAGUGGUGGGAAAUGUGGGGAUGAUAUUGAUCAUUCACCUUGAUCCCCAGCUUCACACUCCCAUGUACUUUUUUCUCACUCACCUGUCAUUUCUUGACCUCAGCUACUCAAGUGUCAUCACCCCUAAAACCUUUCAGAACUUACUGUCUUCCACCAAAAGCAUCUCCUUCCUGGGCUGCUUCACCCAAAUGUACUUUUUUGUUAUCUUUGUUGCUGCCGAAUGUUUCCUCCUCUCUUCCAUGGCCUAUGAUCGCUAUGUAGCUAUCUGCAAGCCCCUGCACUAUCCAGUAAUUAUGUCCACAAGACUUUGCCACACAUUGCUUACUGGUUCUUAUGUGAUUGGCUUUGUGGAUUCCACUGUCAAUGUGGUUUUCAUGAGCAGACUGCAUUUCUGCAAGUCUAAUGUCAUUCAGCACUUUUUCUGUGACAUAUCUCCAAUUUUAACCCUGUCUUGCAGUGAUACAUUUGAGGUUGAACUCAUCUUAUUCAUCUGUGCUGGAUCCAAUUUAGUGCUGUCCCUCAUUAUCAUAUCUGGAUCCUAUGUGUCCAUCCUCUCAACUAUCCUGAAAAUUAAUUCCACUGCUGGAAAGAAAAAAGCCUUCUCUACCUGUGCCUCCCAUCUCCUGGGAGUCACCAUCUUCUACAGCACUAUGAUUUUUACUUACCUCAAACCGAAGACAUCCUACUCCUUGGGAAAGGAUCAGGUGGCAUCCGUAUUUUACACAGUUGUUAUUCCCAUGCUGAAUCCUCUCAUUUACAGUCUCAGAAACAAGGAGGUGAAAAGUGCCAUUGUUAGAAUCCUGCAGAAGACAGAGAGCUGCAGGAAAUUACAAUAA